CCAAGAUCUGUCACCCGAGAGGACAUAUCUCCACUGCUGGUAGCAGAGCUAAGCACGGAAUUCUCAUCUGUUCGAGUUCCGAAUAACUGCCCAAGGGGUAUGUACAUCAUCCCUUCAGUCGACUCACCAUUGAAAUGGAAUGGUGUAUUCUUCGUCCAUCGAGGACCAUACGCAGGCUCGGUGCUCCGUUUCAUAUUAGACUUUCCUCUCAAUUACCCUCAAACUCGUCCGACGGUUACAUUCGAUUCUGAAGUAUAUCACCCUAUGAUAGAUCCCAAGACGAAAGUAUGGACGCCUUUAGGGGAUAUGAGACAUUGGAGACCAAGAAUUCACCACGUCCCCCAUCUUUUACAUGAGAUCAAAAAUAGUUUCCGAACUCCGUAUCUAGAGCGAGUGACAGAAGAAGAUGCAAUCAACAAGCAAACCUUCCUUCUGUGGCAAAACUCUCGACAGACAUUCCUAUCCAUGACCGCACAAAGAGCAUUGCAUUCUACCUUUCCCGAAACGAUUUACGACACCAAAAUGAAGACACUGUCUAGUGCACCAUCAACUCCGCGGAAA